AUGCUAACAGCAGAAAAUACGGCGAUCCAUUUGGAUCAAAGUAUAUUUCUGCUGAUUGUUUACAGAGGUACAUCAUUUGAGUACAGGGUAAUCAGUGGUUUCCCAAAUAUGCUGAAUCUUGGCUAUAACAACUUCACUGGAGUGAUCCCUAAAGAAAUUGGUCAGUUGAAAUCGCUCAGUAUACUCAAUCUCAGCUCUAACAGCUUGUCCGGAGAGAUUCCGGUGCAGCUCUGCAGCCUGAAGAAUCUGCAAGUGCUAGACUUGUCAAACAACCUCCUCACAGGUGCAAUCCCAUCAGAUCUUAACAAACUUCACUUCCUCUCUACAAUCAAUGUUUCUAACAACGAUUUGGAAGGGCCAAUUCCAAGAGGAGGCCAGUUUAGUACAUUCACAAAUUCAAGCUUUGGGGGCAAUCCAAAGUUGUGUGGAAAUGCUAUUGAUCGGCCUUGUGGUUCGGCUGAAGCGCCUCUGGUCUCUACUCUCACCACAGAACAAAAAGACAGAAGGAUCGCCUUUGCGAUUGCUUUUUGUGCUUUCUUUGGUGUAGGGGUGUUGUAUGAUCAAAUAGUAAUGUCAAAGUAUUUUAGCUGA